AUGCGAAGGGAAGCUGUCUUACAUAAACCUCGACAUCACCUUACAAAUCGAAUUCCCGACAGACAGAGAGACCGCGCUCAAAUCGACGACAUUGUAUUUCAACAUCGCCAGCAGUACAGAGACCAAAGUGGAACUUUGUUUGAUGGAAAAGUGGAUUAUUUUCACUACCCAACUACGGCAGAAGAGCAGUUUUUGCCAAAAGCUAGCCCUCAUGAAGGAACAAUUGGAAGUUAUCCAAAUAACACAAAAGCAGCUUUGGAAUACGUCUAUGACAAGGAGAGAGGUCCUAAAGACUAUGAAUUGUGGCAUAAGGUUUAG